AUGUGUCCUAGAGAUUAUUUAAUUGAACAAAUGAAGUUACAAGAACAAAAAGAACUUCAACGACUUCAACAAGAAAAAGAAGCUGCAUUAGCUCAAUUAAUUAAAACGAAAGCACAUACAAAAUCAUGGAAUGAACAAAAAAAAAAUACUACACAAAGAUAUCAUCACAUUGUUAUUAAACUUUCUGAACCAAAUAGUCUAUUACAAGAAAUAUUAACUACCGAACGAAUCAAUUCAGAUGGUAUUCAAUUUUGUCCUGACUGUCAUAUACCAAUCGAAAAAAUGGUGGUUGCUCACAUAUGCGUUGUACACGAUGUAAUUUUGACGUUACAUGGCAAACAACACAAGAACCAAUAA